AUGCUCAAAGCUGAUUCGGAUCAAGACAUUGCCGUCUUAGGAGACGCUCCGAUGUCCGCUCUAUCCAGCGACUCGCCCUUCUCUGCUAGCCCUGCUAGUGCUCGCCUCUCCAUUCCAUCAUCUCAUACCUCGGACGAACAGAACGGCCUGGUCGAUUCUGAACCAAACCACAACGAUGACUUUGCACGUUCCGGUUCAGAAACGCUGCAUGCAGAUUCUCUAGAGGGUCCUUCAGUCGAUACUUGUGAUGAAGGCGAUUCCGAAACCGAUUCUCAUCACAAAAUCCAUCUAUCCGCCAUCGAACACUGUAUGCCUCGGUCAUAUAUACGUAUAUGUCUUGCGUAUCGCAUGCCCGACCCCUCUAUGCUCCCUGACAUUGUACGUCGACUUAACAACUUUGUUCGGAGAACUGUGGACGCCAAACCGUAUCUUUCAGGCUACAUCAUGCCCGCCAAAAGCAAGCGGGUUGGAGCCGUGGAAGUUCGCUUUUCCGAUAGAGAUUUCCUCGAAUAUCCAGCUGUUAGCGUUCGUCAUUUGACACACCAUGAGGUCCCUUUCACUUAUGAUCAGCUGGAUCAAGCAGGUCUGCCUCCAAGCGUUAUGAAACCUGACCUGGUAUCGGCAUUGGCGGAAUCUGCUGAUGAGGAGGCGGCACCAGUGUUUCGUAUGCAGGCCAAUGUGAUUGAUGGUGGAAUCAUCGUUAGCCUGUACCUUCACCAUUGUGUCUCUGAUGGAACAGGUGCCGGCCUAUUGAUAUCCGGCAGUAUCCUAACGGAUGAGGGUGCAUUUGACAGAUAUCUGGGAGAUCGAGAGCCAACUUCGUCUCUAUCAGUGAGGCUGAGAGAGUUUGCAAACCUCAAGAGCAUCCAUAGGAAGCAGCUCUCCUUCAGCUUCCCCAACCAAAUCAACAAUCGGUCUUUGAAAUGCAAGAAGGUCAAGGCACAUCCGGAAGAGCCGGAGCCCAUCCGAGUGCAAGGCCGCGGCUGUGUUGUCGCCUUUUCAUUGGAAAAACUUACAGAGUUAAAAACAUUACUUGAGACGCAAGCUGAUAGCAGUUUUAUCACACAAAAUGACGCACUGCAAGCGCUCCUCUGGCAUAGUAUGGUGAAGGCCAGGGUUCCAUCCCUCGAGAACAAGGAAGCCAUUGCGAUUUCCAAGCUGCUCAUUCCUAUCAACAUUCGUGGAAAGCUGGAGAAUCCAUUACCUGAAUCAUACUUUGGCACAGCGAUCGACUUUGCAACAGCUCAAUUAUCUAUCGACCAUCUGACGAACACGAGUCCCCCAGCGAUGAUUCAAACAGCAAUUGAGAUACGGCGGGCGAUCAACGCCGUCGACGAACCAUAUAUCCGACAGGCCAUUGCUUUGGCUCGCUACCCGGAGUCGACCAACGAUGUGAGAGAUCUUCAAGCCAGUAACAUGGAUCGUGCCUACGGGGCAGACAUGUACGUGACAAGCUGGGAGAAAUUGGAUUGUUACGAGGCAACGUUUGAUCUCGGACUUGGUCGGCCAGAUUGGGUACGCAAGCCAUGGUCUAAAGAUCCAGGCUCUUGCAUCGUACUUCCUUUCGACGGCAGGAAAGACUACCUGGAGGUGGUGAUACAAAUGACGGUCCCGGAUAUGGACAGGCUACUUGAAGACCCGGGUUUCAUGGACUACGUCGUCAGGGUGAUAGACUAA